UCAUUGCUUUCUCAUAAUAAUCACACUCUCCAUUUGUUUCAUAGUAUCAAACAUGAAGCAAAAGAUAAUAAUGAAGGUACAAAUGAAUUGCGAGAAAUGCAGAACCAAGGCCAUGAAAAUUGCUGCUGUGGCAGAAGGUGUGAUCUCAGUGGCGAUUGAAAGAGAAAAAAGUCUGGUGGUCGUGGUAGGAGACGGAGUUGAUUCGGUUAGCUUGGCCGGCUCACUAAGGAAGAAGCUUGGCUCUGCCAAUAUUGAGAGUGUGCAAGAAGUGAAAGCAGAAAGUGCUGAGAAAAAAGACCCAAUUAUAUGUUAUAGCCAAUAUCCACAAUACCCCACGUAUGCAGUGGUUUAUGAUCAAUACCCUAGCAAUUGCGCCAUCAUGUGAUGAGUAUUGCAAGCUGAUCCAUGAAAUCAAUUGAGAUGUAAAUUUUUUUUUCUUUGUUUUGUUCAUGCUCUUGCAUGCUGUUUUCCU